UUUACUAAAACAUUAAGCUAUGCAGAAGAACUCCAAGAGAAGCAAUAAUUCAAGAGUUUCUCACACAGACUGGAACUCUGUGGAUGCUAAGAAUGAAAAGCAUGAAAGUCAAAACAACUUUGUUGACCUGCUGCCUGAAGAAAUCAGUUUACAAAUUUUCAGUCAGCUGGACAUAUGGAGUUUGUGCAAGGCUUCCUUGACAUGCAGGAGCUGGAAUGACACAGUAAGAAACAAUGACUCUUUAUGGAAACCUCACUGCAUGACUCUAAGAGCUGUGUGCCGAAGAGAAAUAGAUGAUGAUCUAGAAAGUGGUUAUUCUUGGAGGGUAAUACUCCUGAGGAAUUACCAAAAGAGUAAAGUGAAACACGAAUGGCUAAGUGGCAGAUAUAGCAACAUUUGUUCUUCCAUUAGCCUACCAGAAAAAAUCAUGUACCCAAUGGAUGCAGAUACAUGGGGGGAAAUUCUAGAAGCAGAACUGGAAAGAUAA